CGGGAUUCGGCCGAGGGCAGCCUUGAAAGUUCCUUUCAAAGUCUUCGCGUUUCAAGUGACGAUAACGUAUUAAACUGCUUCAGAAACUUCACAGCCAAUACGAUGAGUGUGACACUCGCCGAGUUUCCGAAUCAAUAUCUGUGCCUCAUUUGAUCAAACCUAUGCGUAUGUAAGUUAUAUAUAGUUGUUCAACGGGUGCGUUCUGCAUUUAUUACUAGUAUGCAGUUUGACCAAAGAUCAAAGAUUGUGCAACUGUAUCCUCUAUCAAGUCGCUCCCCAGCCGGUACAUCCAGUGUCUUUGAAAUCAAACGCUCCAUCACGAUUACAGCAAGCCAAGUUUAAACUCGAAUCAUAUGAUCCAGUGUUUACACGGCCACCUUGAUGGGUUCACACUCAUUCAUCAUAAGAGCUAAGAAGGCGCAUGAUGUCAGCGAGGAGCUUGCAGUUCAUGGCUACAAUAUGGGUAGGCUUAUUCUGAUCUAUCAACGUCCACUGUCAAACUCGCUUAUCCAGACCUAUGAUUAUGCAUGUUCAUUUCAUGAAGAGUGGACAUUUUUGCUUCGAUCGCACUGGGGUAAGAUGAAAAUCAUGUAUAUCGUUACGCGAUACCUCCCCUUUAUCAUUCUCGCCAUUGAUCUAUAUAUGAGCUUUGCCCCAAAUGAGAAUCCAGCUAAAUGCCGGGUGUUGCAAAAUAUUAAUCCAGGUCUUGACCUAGUUUUAGUUAUUUUCUCCGAAUGCUUUUUUAUUCUCAGAACAUAUGCGCUCUGGAACAGAAAUAGAUUCUUGCUCGUAGCCAUGCUGUUGACCUUGUUUCUAGUGGUAGAUGUAUCAGCCAGGCUGUUCUUGGAGCCUCCACUGGCAUUACCUUCUCCACUACCAUCCCUGCAGCACAUGCGACUAGCGCAAUCCCGGGAAUCACAGGGUGCUACCGGAGUUCGACAAAUUACUGGCUCUUUAUACCAUUUCUUCUCCUUUCUGUAUUCGAACUGGGUGGGACUCAUGAUCCUCACGCUCAUACCUGCCAUACAGAGCUGGCGGACAAAUUCAAAUGGUCUGUACGCUGUCCUGGUGAACCAUAACAUAUCCUAUUAUGCAUGUGGUCUUCUGUUCUCGGCAGCGAACAUCUUCACAUCGCUGCUCCUCGAGUACUCUUACCACAGCGUGUUCUAUGAUUUUGAGUUCAUGAUCCUUGCAAUCCUCGCCACACGCAUGCAUCUUCAUCUCUGGAAGACGAACCGACAUCCACACGACUCUACUAGUGCCCUCGUGCAUGUUCCAAUGUCCGACAUGUCAUUUGCAAAUCACUCAGUGUGAUGUCUUAUUCUAUGGCUUACGGUGCCGUUCAUGGAGCGAAGCUUGGACCGUACAAGAUAAUUGGCGGGGGUGGGUUUGGUAGAGUUUGUUAUGUGCUUCAAUUUAUAGGACGAGUUUGUCGCGGGGUGGUAAGAGCCAUCUUGGUCUAUUUAACGCCUAUAUUUUGCAUUGUAAGCGGCAGCAGAGGGAUCCAGAAUUUGAGUGUGCUAGAGCCAAAAUUAACGAUGAUCUAAUUCUGCU